UUCGUACGUUAAAGUUUCAAUAAUGCAAGACGAAGCAGAUGAAAGCUCUCCUAAUGAUUCAGCAAUGGAUGAGGAAGUGCUUGGUCAAGAACCAAAUUUGGAUCAUCAAUUUAACAAAGCUAAAGCAUUUUUACAAAAACCAAGCUUGUUUACUGGAGACAAUUUAUUUGAUCACUUAUCGGAUUUAUUAAAUAAAAUUUUAUCAGAACGACCUCAAAAUAUAAUCGAUUUUUUUGAAGAUUAUAGCCGAAAAGUAAAGGAGUGUAGAUACAGGAAUGCAACUGAUCAUUUACGAGAUAUUUAUGAACAAACGGAAGAAGUUGAAGAUUCUAUAAAGUUAAAACCUUUAAUAAAUCCACUUCGCGUUGUGGAUUUUGAAGAAUCUGUAGAAGAAUCUGUAGAAGAAUCUGAUGAUUCAUCACACGUUAGUGUAUUAGAAUCUUUUCGUCUGCUAGCUGAAGCUGGUAUUUCAAUUCCAAAAUGUGAUAUGUAUGUUUUAGAAUUAUCGUUACGAAAACUGUAUCAAAAUGAGCCCAUUAAAAACUUAAGGUUCUGGGGUAAAAUUUUUUGUUUAGAAGCUGAUUAUUAUAUAGCUGAAGCAGAAUUAAGUGACGAAGGAAUUGCCCGACUCGAAGCUGAGGAAGAAGAAGAAGAAGAAGCAGAAGAAGAAGACGAAGAAAUGGCAUUGGAAGAGGAAGGUGGAGAACCUGCCCCAACAGUACCUCGUAAAAAACCACCUCUUCCGAAAUUAAUAAAAAUUGAGGAAAAAGUAGUACCAUGUGAAAGGUUUGCGCAGGGUGCUAAUAAAAAACUGUAUUACGUAUGCCAUCAACCGGGAAUAGAUCCAUGGAUUAAAUUACCCGAUGUUACACCUCAACAAAUUUCUGUUAGUCGAAAAAUUAUGAAAUAUUUCACUGGCAAUUUAGAGCAUCCUCUGGAAAGUUGGCCCCCAUUUCCUGGUGUUGAAAAAAAUUAUUUACGUGCACAAAUCGGACGUAUUGCAGCGGGUACAUCAGUAGCUCCUGUUGGAUUAUAUACAUACUUUGAAAAUGAGGAAGAGGAAGAUUUUAACGAUGAAGAUGACGAACGAAUUCGAACAGAAAUUUAUUUAAAUAGCAACUACGAUAAAGUAAAUGUAAGAGACUUGAACGACGGAACUUUAUCAUUUUGGGUACAUACAGCAUUAUAUAUUUUACCACAAGGUAGAUGCAUAUGGUGGAAUCCAAACGAAUUAAAAGGGGAGGAAAAUGAGGAAGAUGAAGAAGGAGGGGAAGAAAUGGUAGAAGCAGAGACUGGGCCAGUACUGUUAUCACCGUUAACUAAUGACGCAUCUUUGGAAUCAAUUCCACCUUGGACAGUAAGAUUAACAACAGCUUUAAUACCAGAGAAAGCUUGUGCUUACAUACGUUCUAAUUUAUGGCCUGGUGCUUACACUGUAACCGCUGACGAUAAAUGCGUUUAUAUGUAUAUGGGUACGGGUCACAAAUAUACAGCAUACAAUUAUUCUCCUCCGCCAUUACACCCAGUAUUGAGAGAAUAUCCAAUCGGUCCUGAAAUUCUAGAAAUGCAGGAUCCAUCCGGUGCUCAAGAAGAAGCGUGGCGUAUAGCCCAUGAAAAACAUCCUCCCGCUGAAGAGGAACAUAUGGAAUCUGAAGAAGAUGACGAAGACGACGACGAUAUUUUGAAUUAAAUUUGAAUGUAUUCAA